AUGGCUAUCUUCACAAAUUCUGAUAAAAAUCAGCGCAAUAAGACUCUCCAGAUGGAGACAGUUCAAGCACACAGCAGACAAAAGCAGCAUGCCAAGGGGAACGCAGGACACAGCCACAACAUGGCUCCCUCCCCAUCUUUCUGCUUGCCACCAGCUCUGCCCAAGGCUGGUGUUACUGCUGCACGCAGGGUUGGGCCCUGCGCGAAGCCUGGCUCCUCUCUCUCCCCCAGAAGUUUGCGACCAACGCAGCCCAAGGGUCGCCCUACAAACCAGCAGCGGAAAAGCCGAGCCAAAAAGAUAAAGGAGAUUAGGCGGGCAUUACUUCCACUGACCUAUAUACUGCCCUCAGCCCGCGGCGGCCCUGCGGCAGACGGCAGCUGCUCGGCCGGGGGUGACACCGGCCUGACAGCCCGCCCCGCCUGCCGACGAGGCCGAGCGGCGGCGCGACACCCCCGAAACUCGGUGCGGGGCCCGUCCCAGCCGCCGCCGCCCCCUCACGGCUGCCGCCCCAGCGGGACCAGCCCUACCUGGCGCGGGUGGCGGCGGAAAGUUUCUCCGGGGAGGGGCCAGGCGAGCUCCACUCCCUCUCCGCCGAAAUCACCGGCUCCGGGAAGGAAGGAAGAAAGGAAAGAGGGAGGGAGGGAGGUGGCCACCCAGGCAAGAAGCAUGCUGACAUUUCAAUAUUCCUUCAACUCAACAGUUCAGAGUACAAUCACAGCAAGAAAAGCAACAUGUGUACCCACAAAUAGCCAAAGAUUCAUUUCACUGGAUUUUCCAAGUAUUGAAAGACCAUUGAACUCUUACUGAUCGGGAAUUGAACGCUGUAGAGAUCCUUUAAACAACUUCUGGCGUUUAGACAGCAU